GUUCAAUUCUAUUUUGCCUUGUUUAUUUUAAUGAACCUGUCGACUACAUAGCGACUUUAUCUGAUAUUUUGAUCAUGUUGUUGUAAUAUUAGGUGUUCAAAGUAUUCAUUAAAGAAAUAUGGAUCUAAAAGCGUUGGAUGUAUCUUUACUAAUGAAAUUAAUUAUUCAACAAGUGGAUAAUGUUACCUGUUUAGAAUGUUGCAAGUAUUACAUUGCACCUGAAACUGCAGCUUGUGGUCACACUUUAUGCCACACUUGUUGGAGGGGAAGGCGCACUUGUCCAUGCUGUGCAGCUUCACUAGAUAGGCGUUUGCUGAAACUUAACAUACCAAUGCAAAAUCGUACAGAACAUAUCCAAACUUUAGGUGAAACAUUUGAAAAACUAUUUGACACCAAAUUGGAUGAAUUCACCUUGGAUGUGUCUGUCCCAGAAAUAGAAUCUUUGGAUGAUGCCACAAAAAAUGUGAAUUAUUGGUUGGCUAGCUCUCAAAACCACUUCUCAGCUCCACUGCUUAAUUCGGAAGAAAUAAAUUCAUGUGUCCAAGAAGUAAAUAAUCCCAUAGAAAUUUCAUCAAGUAAAAUACAGAUUCAUACUAAUUCUAAAAAAAGUAGUAGUCCAAGCAAAGUUGUUUAUGUUCAACAAUCCCAACAUGAUUGGGAUAAAAUUGAACAACUUUCAGAUGUCGAAGGACACUCCACAAAUAAAGAAAACGAUAGAGCAAGAGCUAAACCAGUAUUAUCUUUAAUUGAAGAGAGCGAAUACACUUUGGGUAAUCCUCGUAGGAGUUCAAGAAAAAGAGAUUUGAAUCAAAGCGAACCCACCAUCAGAAGAGAAGACAUAUCUUUAGAAAAGUUCAAAGAUUCUAGUCCAGGCACUGACAAGAAAUCAAACAAGGGAAAAAACAAUUGGAAUAACGUCAAGAGAAUGAGGAAAGAGUUCAGUAAACUAAAUAAACAGAAUAGAAGCAAAUUAAAUGUAUCCAUUGAGAUGUGUAAGAAAGCUCAAAAUGCUUUUAAUAAUCCUGAUAUUGAUGCAAAAGAACAAAAAACUACUGAUUCUCAAUGCCCUUUGAAUGAAUAUUUAAUUGAAGACAACACACCUAUUGGUGUUAAAGAAAACCCUAAAGAAAUAGACAAAAAUGUUCUCUCAGAAAGUACUAAAUAUAAUUCCAUAGAAAAAGAUGCACAUGCUAACACUAACAUUGGCAGAGAAACUAGUUCAAACAAUGUAGCAAAUCAACCAUUAGUAGUAGUAAGUAGUCAUGUUAAAUUAGACCAUGAAUAUAAUAAAACUUAUUCUCCUACAAAACAUACAGAAAAAACAAUACCUGAGAGUAUUCAUAAAGAUCUUAAUAAUAUGUCUACAAAAUUGGCAUUUUAUAAAAAAGGUACUCUUUGCCCCACACAGGGUCAAAGAACAAAUGUACAAACUGUUAACAUUGAUGGCAGAACUAAUAAUAAUAAUUCAAAUACAGAGGACAUAGAAAUAAAUAUAAAAGUAGGCAAUACACUCACUAACAUAGUCAUCAAGAGAAAAACAAAUGAUAUUCAAUUAAAAGUAAAUACGGACAGAGAAGUACAAACCUCACAAGAGACAAAUCAAAUUGUUAAUAUACAUAAUGAAUAUACUGAAUUACAAAAAAGGCCACAAAAUGUACAAGUUAAUGUACAAGAAAAAGAUGGUGCUAAUAUUGCGAUAGCGAGCAAGGAAUGUAAAAGUAAUUCAGUUUCUAAAAACAUAUUACAGAAAUCUCUCUCUACCAAGAGAAAUACAGCUUCUGCAGACACAGUUACAGCACAGUUUGAAAUUACAGAAAGUGUUGAAAAAGAGCUCUCUAACAUAAUGGAAUGUGAAGAAAUUGUUGACAAUAACAGAUUAACUCCAAAAAAUAAAGUACCACAGACAAAAAAUAAAUUGAAGAAUAAUGAAGCUGUAAAUAAUAAAACUUCCACAUUAAAUAAAACACAAAGUACACAUGACUUCGAAAUAUUUGACAAUGGCUCAACUUGUGAACAAAAUGUGGAUCUACUCAAAGAUUCUACUCAUGCUGCUUCUGACAUAUUGGUACCCACUGUAAAUAACAAAAAAAUGUUAAGUAAUCCUGAUAAAAGGGAUAGGGAGAUUGGGGAAAUAGAUGAAAUGCCAACUCCUAAAAAAUUAAAAACUAUGACAAAUGAAAAUCCAAAGCCAGAUGAAAUUAUUUCUCCUCAUAUACUACACCAAAAAAACAAAACUAAUGUUAUUGAAAAUGAUUCAAUAAUUUAUGAUGUUGUGAUGGAUCAAGUAUUUGCAAGUAUUGAUGCAGAUAUCAAUAAUAGUGAAAAAUGCCAUAAAAAAAAUGAUUUCACAAAGUUAUCGAAAGACACUCCAGGUGUGAUAGAAAAUGAAAAGAAACAGGAGGCAAAUUUUAUUGCUACUCAAAAAAAAUCUGUAAUAGAACAUGCUAAUGAAAAAUACAGUGAAAAUAUUUUUUCUUUUCUUGAGAAAGACACUGACUCGCCUGACAUAAUUACGAAAGGAGCCAAAGACGAUGGUUCAACUCAACGUCACAUAGAUAACUUGUUAACUCCAAGAAUUUUUCAAGAUUUAGAUUCAACUCAUGAAGAAACUUUACUACCUAACUUAGAUGUUGAAAACAAAGAUAUUUGUACCCCUAAAUUUGAACAAGAUGAUUCAGAUAAAAGUGUAGUCGAAGAAACACCACAAAAAAAUAUAUCUUUCUCCAAACCCAAAAGUAAAACUGAAAUAAGUUUUGUCAAUUUACCAAGAAGUGAUUCGGGUUCCAAAAAUGAUAAUGGUGGGAGUUCAAUGAUAAAAAGUGUCAUCACUCUAUCAGACUCCAUAGUUGAUUCAAUUAAAACUAGCAAAGACGCGACUAUAGUAGAUGUUGAUGCAAAAAGGCACGCCCUAGAAACUCCUCUCACUAUAAACAGAUUUGUCGAUCACAUAAAACAUAAAUCCACUCCAGUUGCAAGAAAGUCGCUUAACUUUGCAAAUGAAAACAUUGAAGACGAUGAUGAUCCUGAGCAGACAUUAUGCCCCAGCUCGGUGAUUGCUAAAACUACACAAGAAAAGGAAAUCAUGAGUAAAGCUUUUGAAAAAACGCCAAACACGCCUGUGAAAAAAGUGUUGACAACAAAGAAUAUCAAAGUAAAUAAUAUGAAAUACUGCAUUGCUGGAUCAUGUUUAUCCACCAGUGAAUUGACUAAUGUGAAAUCGUUAUGUCGUAAAUACAAUUGGCAAUACAUUGAUAAAUAUUCAAGAGAACUCACACAUCUUGUAGUGGGUGUGGAUGAUGAAAAUAAAUCACAAAGAUCUGUGAAAUAUAUGUGCGCCCUAGCGGCGUCUAAAUGGAUUGUAUCCUAUGAAUGGGUUGAAAACUGCCUAAAAAUGAAUCUCGUUGUGGCAGAGAACCAGUAUGAGGCAUUGGACGGGACAGGGGAGCCAGGCCCAAAACGAUCACGCUUGGCGAAAAAGAAAUUAUUCCAAGGGAUCACUUUCUUCUGCAUGCCGCCUUUCAGCGUUCUGGACAUUAACACUUUAAAGGAAAUGCUAGAAGCGUCUGGUGGGCGUGUGGUGGAAGAAGCGAAGGCCGUGAAGGCUACAAGCGAUGCGCCUGCGCUGUUGCUGGCCGAACCGGAGCACACGCAAGAGGAUAGAUUCGUGUAUCUCGCUUUGGAGUUAGGCAUAGUUCCGGUGAACUACGAAUGGGUGCUGAACUGUCUGGGUAGCUACACGCUCAGCUCUGUCCACGAGCUUCUCCUGUGCCCGGCGGCUCUACUGCCCCCGCCUACCGCUAAGUGGCCCACCAUUUUGAUAUCCCGUGACAGUGAAUGAAACUUUCGUGUUUGUGUUAUGUUUAUUACGAUAUUGUUUUAACAGUAAAUAUUAAUUAAAUUAUGUUUACGAAAAAAC